UUCAGUACUUUCAGCAUCGCGCUUGUGUUCAGGGGCUGAAUGCAGAUUACACUGGAUGGUCAGAGUGGUCCUGGGGAAGAAUGGAUGACAUUGGACAGUUUUGGGAUGUUUGAUUGCAAAUUUGAUUGCAAACCAAAAAGGUGUCAGGAGCAUGUACAGCUAUGCAAGUCUUUUACUUGGGACUCUUCAGUCCCUUUGUGCUUUGGAUGUGAGUGUGUGUACGCGCGUGUGUAUGUGUGUGUGUACGCGUGUGUGUGUGUGUGUGCGUGUGUGUGCAUGUGUGUGCAUGUGUAUGGGUGUGUGUGUGUGCGUGCGUGUGUAUGUGUGUGGGUGUUUAUGGGUAUGUAUAUGCGUGUGUGUGCGUGUAUGUGAGCAUGUGGGUGUGUAUGUGUGUGUUAUGUGCAUGUGUAUGGGUGUGUAUGUGUGUGUGCAUGUGUGUGGGUGUGUGUGUGCAUGCGUGUUAUCAGUAUUCAGGGGAAAUGAGUGUGGAACAGUGAGAGAAGCUGUAACGGGUGAUCUGUGUUGAUAAAGCUGAGCUGCACUCUGUGUCUCUGUGCUGAUUAGGCCUGCUGUCUAAUACAGGGUUUUCUCUGUAAUUACCCCUUGUUAUCAGGGCUAGAGCAGAAGCCUGUACAUGUGGCUGUCCUCUCCAUACAUUACACUAGUGCUAGGAUCAGCUCCAGCACAUUUAUACCAGGGACUAGGAUCGGCUGCAGCACAUUUAAACCAGGGACUAGGAUCAGCUCCCACACAUUUAAAGAGAUGGAUCCCUGAUGCCCUCACUCCAGAGGAGCAGCAGGACCUGGAGAACAUCCAAAAACGCAAACGAGAGCUGCUGCAGGAGAUACAGCACCUAAAGGAUGAGAUAGCAGAGGUGACCAAUGAGAUCGAGAACCUGGGCUCCACAGAAGAGAGGAAAAACAUGCAGAGGAAUAAACAUGUGGCCAUGGGCCGCAAGAAAUUCAACAUGGAUCCUAAAAAGGGGAUCCAGUUCCUGAUUGAGAAUGACCUGCUGAAGAACACCUGUGAAGACAUUGCCCAGUUCCUCUACAAAGGGGAGGGGCUUAACAAGACUGCUAUUGGAGAUUACCUGGGGGAGAGGGAUGACUUUAACAUCCAGGUCCUGCAUGUGUUCGUGGAUCUCCAUGAGUUCACAGACCUGAACCUGGUCCAGGCCCUCAGGCAGUUCCUGCCAUUCUUGCAGCUUAUUGGCUGGUUUUGCAGGCAGUUCCUGUGGAGUUUCCGGUUACCGGGGGAGGCGCAGAAGAUCGACCGCAUGAUGGAAGCUUUUGCCCAGAGAUACUGCCAGUGCAAUCCUGGGGUCUUCCAGUCUACAGAUACCUGCUACGUUCUGUCAUUCGCCGUCAUCAUGCUGAACACCAGCCUGCACAACCCCAACGUGAAGGACAAGCCGUCUGUGGAGCGAUUUAUCGCCAUGAACCACGGCAUCAACGACGGGGGAGACCUUCCUAAAGAGCUGCUGAGGAAGUUGUAUGAGAGCAUAAAGAACGAGCCUUUCAAGAUCCCAGAGGAUGAUGGGAAUGAUCUCACUCACACCUUCUUUAACCCGGACCGUGAAGGCUGGCUCCUUAAACUGGGCGGUCGAGUGAAGACCUGGAAAAGGCGGUGGUUCAUCCUCACAGACAACUGCCUGUACUACUUUGAGUACACCACUGACAAAGAGCCGAGAGGGAUUAUCCCGCUGGAGAACUUGAGUAUACGGCAGGUAGAGGACUCCAAGAAGCCACACUGCUUUGAGCUCUUCAUCCCGGACAGUAAGGACCGGGUGAUAAAGGCCUGUAAGACCGAGGCAGAUGGGCGGAUGGUGCAGGGGAACCACACCUUCUACCGAAUCUCCGCCCCCACCGCCGAGGAGAUGGAGGAUUGGAUCAACAGCAUCAGGGCAGCCAUCAGCCGGGACCCUUUCUAUGAGAUGCUAGCAGCCAGGAAGAAGAAAGCAUCCUCCCUGAAGAGGCACUAGCCGUGCUAGCCAGGUGCAGCCAAGACUGUUCAGUAUCAGAGCACCAGCCACUAUUGAGACUCUCCACUAGCCUGCCUGGCUAGGCAUUAGCAGGCGCAUUAACCUGGCUGGCUAGGCAUUAGCAGGCUGUGCACUAGCCUGGCAGCCUUGGCAUCAGUGGGCUGUGUACUAACCUGGCUGGCUAGGCAUCAAUGGGCUGUGCACUAGCCUGGCUAGCUAGGCAUCAGUGGGCUUUGCACUAGCCUGGCUAGCUAGGUUCAGCUUUUUUAGCAGAGCUGUCUUUUGCGCUUGAGGAUGUGGGCUGUGUGAAUCAGCUACUCUCAGGGGAGGGCCUUCAUUGGUGGGAGGAGCCAGGGGGUGGGAUCUCAGCAGGAUGAAGCUCUGGGAUUGGAUGAAACUCUGGGAAUGCUGGUAGCUAAUGAUUCUGCCUACUGACCUUCAACCGAACAGGACAUAGCCAUGCCCUGCCAUGCCCCCUUCCUCUCUCCUCUCUCUUGCCGGGCACUGAUGUUCCUCACUGGUUUUCUCAGCUCACACACGCACACACACACAUACAGGUGCGCAUGCUCACACACACACACAUACACACUCAUGGACACAUACAUACACACACGCACACGUACAAGCUUACACAGGCACGCACGCACACACACACACACACACAUACAGGUGCGCAUGUUCACACACUCACAUACACACACUUGGACACAUACAUACACACAUUCACAUGCGCACACACACGCACGCUCACACACACGCACACAUGCACACGCUUGCACACACACGCACGCUCACACACAUGCUUGCACACACGCACACACACACACGCUCACACACGCGCACACUCACACACACGCACACACACACACGCUUGCACAGGCACGCACACACACACACACGCUUGCACAGGCACGCACACACACACACACACUCACACACACACACACACACACACACACACACUAAUGCAGCUUUCACCCCAGUGUGCUCUAGGUGUAUAGGUAUAGAGUGUGCUCUAGGUGUAUAGGUAUAGGCAGAGUGUGUAUUUUUCACACCCAGAUGUGCGCCUCUGUUCCCUCUCAAGGGCAUCUCAGGGGCGAGGGCCACGCCCUGUCACUGCUGGUGUUCUUUCUGUUCUUUCUGGGUUUUUUUAUUUAUCUUUUUAGAGCUUUCCCCAUCAUUGGCCACCCCCCACUUCUCUUAUCACUUAUUCGCUUAUUUCCUAGCUUUCUAUUGGUUGCAACUUCUACGGGGGGUGGGGGGCACACAGUAAUAAGAGAGAUCUGUCUGGGACUGACGAUCAAUCAUUGAGUAAACACAUUGAGCAAUGUGGAGGGAGAGAGAGCGAGAGAGAAAAGAUAGAGAGCGAGAGAGAGAGAGGGAGACGGGGCAGUCAAGUGAUGGGAAAAGUUAUCCGGCAUUGGGUGUUGAGGACCAUGGGAAGAGAUUUUGGCUGUAAAUUCUCAGGAAUCUCAUGUUCAUCUUUGUGCCAGUAGAGUUUUGGGGUGUGGCCUGCGCUGACCAAUAAGGAGUGGCCUUGAAGGCCGGAUGCAGAAAUGGUGGCAGAAGUGAGUGCCAGGGCCUGGUCAGCCGCUCCACGCCUGCAGAAGGUCAAAGGUCACAGAAGUGGUUCUCACCAGCAGUGGAUGAUUAAGAGAUGGGGUCGAAUGAAGGAGUGAAAACACUUCCCAGCUGACUGGUUAAGGGUCCUUUAACAGGAACUCACUCACAUGCCUCUUCCCGUCCUGACUGAACAUACUUCCUCUGGUCUUCUCCUCGUUUAUGAAGUUCAUAAAAAGUCAAACUGGAUUAUGUGCCUGCAGAGUAGAUCAUGAUUGAUACGGGUAGGCUGGUUCCAAAACAGUUUCAGAGAUACGUAAAGGCUUAAUGCACACACUGUACCCACUCCAGGCAGACGUGUGCUUAGCUCCACAUUAUAGCAGUACACACUACAGACGUGAACUCAUACGCAACAGUAAAUUACUUUCCUCACUCCCUACUGUGUGGGUCACAGUUGACAUACAUGGUUAUAAAGCAGUGCAGUGUGGGUAAUGUAGUACCCACUGUACUCUCUGCUUCUGUAGAUGGCGUACCUCUUUAUUGGUACCCCGUGUGCCGUUGCUAUGCUGAAAUACAGAGUGGGCCCGCACCCCCAAAAUAAUGGGGGUGGGGGCGUGCGGCCAUAGGAAUUAUGCAGAUGCACCCGGCUGUAGCCCCGCCCCCACUCUUCAGAAAGGGACAUAUCUGUCUCUCCCUCUGUCCUGUCCUGCAAAAAAAACUACAUUUGUGUGUGAAAGCGAAGCUGAGAUUUCUUACGGUGAUCACAGGUUGGUGAAUGCACCUGUUCGUUUCUGUUUGAUCAGCAUUUAAAUGCAGAUCUGUGUGUGCUGACCUCUGCGCCGCCUUUUCUGUGCCUUUGCACCCCAGAGUGCUGACUAAACACAAAAGGAGAUUAUAUUAUAUAUUAUUAUAUAUGUUAUAUAGUAUUGCAUUACAUAUUAUUCGUCUCAUCACAGCUGUAUGUUCACAUCCCUAUAGUUUUGGGCCUAAUUUAUAAUGUCAUUAUUUGCAUUUACUCUAGAAAAGCAGCAGGUUUUUUUUUUUUCAUUUUUGUAUCAUUGUUGGAUUUCAGCCAUGUACUGUGGACCCAAUAAAGGAAACACAAAUUUAA